UCAUGUCUGGAAGAGGUAAAGGCGGAAAGGGACUCGGAAAAGGAGGCGCGAAGCGUCAUCGUAAAGUUCUGCGUGAUAACAUCCAGGGCAUCACCAAGCCUGCCAUCCGUCGUCUUGCUCGACGCGGCGGAGUGAAACGUAUCUCCGGUCUCAUCUACGAGGAGACUCGCGGUGUCUUGAAGGUGUUUCUGGAGAACGUUAUCCGUGACGCCGUCACCUACACCGAGCACGCCAAGAGAAAGACCGUCACCGCCAUGGACGUCGUGUACGCGCUGAAACGACAGGGACGCACUCUACCAGUUUUACUGCACAUAUGCUCUUUGCGGUCAGCAAUGGCAAGAACCAAGCAGACCGCUCGUAAGUCCACCGGUGGCAAAGCCCCGAGGAAGCAGCUCGCCACCAAAGCCGCCCGUAAGAGCGCUCCCGCCACCGGCGGCGUGAAGAAGCCUCAUCGUUACAGGCCCGGCACCGUGGCUCUGAGAGAGAUCCGCCGCUACCAGAAGUCCACCGAGCUGCUCAUCCGCAAACUGCCUUUCCAGCGCCUGGUGAGAGAGAUCGCUCAGGACUUCAAGACGGAUCUGCGCUUCCAGAGCUCCGCCGUCAUGGCUCUGCAGGAGUCCAGCGAGGCUUAUCUGGUCGGUCUGUUCGAGGACACAAACCUGUCAAUUGUCACAAUCAUGUCUGGAAGAGGUAAAGGCGGAAAGGGACUCGGAAAAGGAGGCGCGAAGCGUCAUCGCAAAGUGUUGCGUGAUAACAUCCAGGGCAUCACCAAGCCUGCCAUCCGUCGUCUUGCUCGACGCGGCGGAGUGAAACGUAUCUCUGGUCUCAUCUACGAGGAGACUCGCGGUGUGUUGAAGGUGUUUCUGGAGAACGUUAUCCGUGAUGCCGUCACCUACACCGAACACGCCAAGAGAAAGACCGUCACCGCCAUGGACGUCGUGUACGCGCUGAAACGACAGGGACGCACUCUGUACGGCUUCGGAGGUUAA